AUGUCUCCUUGGAGAAAUGUCCCUGCAGGGAGGAGGGGGAAAGGGUGAAUCCAACUGCUGUAGAGAUGAUUCCACUCAAGAGGGAGCUGCGCCUUCAGGCCAUAAGAAAACUCCCAGUAUUAUAAAUAGCUCUCUCACACAUGCACACCAGGUCUUUAUUACCCAUCGCGUGCUGUCUCCACUUCUCCGUCAUGGCGGCUGCAACAGUUCUUGCUAUCUCUUCUACUUCCUGACUCUUCUGCUCCUGGAUGAGUUUCAUCUCCAAGGAGGCAGUCGCCCCACCCGCUACCCCAGUCUCUCCUGGCUGCUAUGGGAUCUCCUGGGGGUGUAUGGCAUCACCUCCCCGAUGAUUCUGAAGGGGAAGAUGAAGCCGUGUCACCCUCUGAGGAACUCGAGACUGUUCUGGAUGCUUGUAGCCAGCGAAGGAACAUUGUAGGCUUCUGGUUGCUGGGACUCUGCAACAACUUUGCCUAUGUGGUAAUGCUGAGUGCUGCCCAUGACGUUCUCCGCCAUCAGAAGGUGCCAGCGAGUAAUGAGACUGAGCCAACUCCCCCCAGCAUUCCUCCAGAGAGCACUGCAAACACUUCUCGUUAUGACUGCAACACUAUCUCUACAGGGGCUGUGUUGCUGGCUGACAUUCUGCCCACCCUUCUCAUCAAAUUUAGUGCUCCAUUUUGUAUCCACUUGUUCCCAUACGGCUUACGUGUCGCCAUCUGUGUCAUCACAGCCUGGGGCAGUUUCUUGCUAGUGGCUUUCUCAACAAGCACAGCCCAAAGCAUCACAGGUGUUGUGCUGGCCAGCAUAUCAUCUGGCCUGGGUGAAAUAACGUUUCUGGCGCUCACAUCUUUUUUCAACAGUGCUGUAGUGUCUGCCUGGUCUUCCGGAACAGGCGGGGCUGGCCUGAUCGGGGCACUUUCCUACCUCGGGCUGACAGAAGCAGGUCUGAGCCCUCAACACACCCUCCUCAUCAUGACCAUUGUUCCUGUCAUCAUGCAGGCCAGCUAUUCCUUUGUGUUGUCUCCACCCCCUCAGGCCCCCCGCUGCAGCUGGGGUGUUCAACCACAGACAUCUCUGCAUGCUUCUUCCUCGACUCAGCAGCCACUCCUAGGGGUUAAAUCUGCCCUCCAACACAAGGCACAAAACCCUCAGCUUAGCUUGCAGGAAAAGGGGCACAUAGUCAAGGGUCUCUUAAAAUACCUCAUUCCUUUGGCCAUUGUGUAUUUUGCUGAAUACUUCAUCAACCAGGGGCUGUUUGAGCUGCUGUACUUCCACAAAGCACCUUUUAGUCACCCGCAACAAUAUCGUUGGUAUCAAAUGCUCUACCAGGCUGGGGUCUUUAUUUCUCGUUCCUCUGCCAGCUGCGUACGGAUUCGGCACAUAUGGCUCCUUGCAGUGCUGCAGUGCCUGAACAUGGUGUUCCUCUUGGUUGCUGUGGCCCUAAUGUUUAUACCCAGCAUCUAUUUGGUUUUUGCUCUGGUGCUCUACGAGGGAUUGCUGGGAGGAGCUGGCUAUGUGAACACUUUCCACUGUGUCAGCGAAGAGAGCAAACCAGAGCACCGCGAGUUUGCCAUGGGCGUUGCUUGUACAGCCGACACGUUGGGCAUCUCACUUUCGGGUGCCAUUGCUAUCCCUGUCCACAAAUAUUUCUGUCACCUCCAUUGAGGUCAACUUCCCAGAGGGACCAAGAGAAGUUUUGUCUCAGCUACAGUGCCCAGUACUGAGGAGGGAAAGAGACUACAAUUUUUAGUGUUUGCCCUUCUCUUGCUGUCAAAGGAGAAAGGGGCCAUGAGCAGUUGCCCAUUUUGAUUCUGGGGAUCAUUUUAUUUUCACUGAGCCUGGCAGGGAGUCCAGUUUUUUCCUCAUGUUGCACAGAUGUCAGAGGGCUUCACCACAGCAUGCACAAUCACAGUUGGAUGGGAAAUCAAGUUCCACAGUUUUUAGAGGGAAAACAUUUGAAUGUUGCACACAACAGGGUACACAGCACUUCCUUGUAUGGGGAAGGGAAAGCAGAGGAAGAAUUUUUAGUAUGACACUUUGAAGUAACUAGAAGUAACUAGAAGAUACUGCAGAAAUGGGAAGCUCAAAUGUGUAAGUGCAUUUAGAGCUAUAUGUUACUGUGACAGGAGGGAAGGAAGGCUAUUGGGGUGAGACUUACACUCAGUGCAGGAUGGGGGAAGGAUAAUAGUUUUGCACAGUGAUCAAUUUGUCUUGUGCUUAAUCAAUAAACCAGUCCUGGAAAGAUGA